AUUUAACUGUUGAUAGGUUAUCAGCAACCGUAAGCAUGAAUUCUUUUAUAAUUAUUUUUCUUGGGUUAAAUUUAAUAAACUUGUGUUUAUCCGACGUGAGUCCAACCGAUAAUUAUGAACAUUUUACUGUCCUUGAUCAAGCCGCCAAAUUCAAGGUGUAUUGGAAGUUUAACCAGACGGACAUAACGUUUGAGAUUCAUGGUAACACUGUUGGUUGGAUCGGCAUGGGGAUUUCCCCUAACGGUGCAAUGACCGGGGCCGAUAUGGUUGUUGGUUGGGUGAAAAACGGAAUCGCUGUUGUUACCGAUAGAUACGGGGUAGGUAAUACGUUUCCUCCAAAAGAUCCUGAACAAAACAUUGAACUUUUGUAUGGGACAGAAUGCGAUGGGUGGACGGUUAUCAAGUUUAGAAGACAAAUCCUCGCAUGUGAAAGCAACGACAGACCAAUUACUGCUGAUACUAUACGAUUGAUAUACGCCUAUGGAACAACGGAUCCAACAGGAGAUGAUAUAGUAGCUGCAAAUUAUCAUGGUGCCAGUAGAGGUGCAAAGAGUAUUUUACUCCUUGAAACAACUGGUACCCUCAACUUCCAAUACCCUGCUGGUGAAAUUCGUUCAACCUUCGAAUUCUUAAACAAUCGAACAGAAAUCCCAACUAGAGAUACUUACUAUAGUUGUAAAUUGAUGAAGUUUCCAACAUUUUCAUCAAAACAACACAUGGUUGAGAUAGCUCCUGUGGUUGAAGCUGGAAAUGAACAAAAUGUUCAUCACAUUCUACUCUAUCAAUGCAUUGGAGAUAUAACUGACCUUGGAGCUGUUGGCACAAGUGCAGAAUGCAACACAGCAAAUAUGCCACCAGAUUUCUCUAAAUGUCAGUCUGUAAUACAUGCGUGGGCAAUUGGGGGUGGGACGUUCUACUAUCCACAACAUGUUGGGUUCCCUCUUGGUGAAGCUGAUUCACCAAAGUAUGUUGUCAUGGAAACACAUUAUGAUAAUCCAACUUUAGCACAAGGUAUAAUUGAUUCAUCUGGUUUGCGUAUAUACCACACAUCGCAAGUCCGUCAAUAUGAUGCGGGGGUUCUAGAUGUUGGACAUUUGGUUUCACCGGUUACUCAACUUAUUCCACCAAAUGCGGACUCUUAUCUUCAGUAUGGUGAAUGUACUUCGGACUGUUUAACAGAGGUCAUGCAAAGAGCUGGUACAAGUGAGAUAAAACUUUUCUCUGUUAUGUUGCACACUCACUUACUUGGUAAAAAGAUUGAACUAAAACACAUCAGGAAUGGAACUGAACUUCCAUAUCUCUCAAGGGAAAACAAUUACGACUUUAAUUAUCAAGAAGCAAGACAACUUUCAACUGAAGUUAUAAUUAAACCUGAAGAUACACUUCAACUUGUGUGCGAUUAUAAAUCUUCUGGUGUGCGAAGCAACUUCACUUUUGGUGGGUUUGGAACAAAAGAAGAAAUGUGUCUCGCAUUCUUGUCCUAUUAUCCCAAGAUUCAAGCCUCAAGCUGCCUUACUUUUCCAGAGUUUCAUUCUCUUAUGACUUACUUUGGGAUCGAAACUUACAGAUCUCAGGGAACAGGUGGCACUUUAAAUGAUUACAUAAUCACAACUGCAGAACUUAACGGCACAAGUGUUCAGACCUACUUAAACAGCUUACCCUGGGAUCAAGCAAGAGCUGAAAACAUGAGUGAAACUCUACGCGUUAUCCAAAGAAAUCAAAUUUGUUUGUACAAUGGAUCAUACCCAUCUGGAGUUCAAUUUAGUCUUCCUGCAGUAGAAAUUAAACAACGUUACAUUGAACCAAUACAAAACUGCACCACCCCAGUAACUGGAAUGGCAACCAGCGCACCUGCGUCAACAUGUGUCGUCGCAACCACACCAUCAAUUAAUAAUCCAGACCUUACAACAUCAGGAGCAUCUCAUAUCUUCUUCAAUUCAUUUCUUAUCACACUGAUGUUAAUUGUUACACUUUACUAGCCUAAAAUAUAAAAAUACAUAUCUCUAUAUUAACAUACCCAUUAAUUAAUUUUUGAUUUUGUAUAUAUCAAUAAAAGUUCUAAUAUUAAAAAAAUAUUGUUGUGCGUAGAUUCUUAGUCUUUUUUGAAUGUAUAUCGAGUCUCUCUUCAGUAUCUUCCACCUCUGUUCCAAGCUCUCUUUGCAGGUUUAUUUGUUCCCAAAGCAACUUUUUGACACUAUUCAUUUGUUUUCUUGUAUGAUGUGGACAAAAGGAUUUCCAGCGGAUUUUGACAGAUAACACACCUAGUCACAUUUCGGUUCCGUGACACAGUUGGUUAGCGCGCAUGCCGCUUAACUAGUGGUUAUGAGUAAAAUAUUUUUUAAAUAUUUUUGGUCGCCCGUGGGCUACUAUAUGGCCGCCACGGUUUUAGUUUACUCACUACGUACAUUAAAUAUGCGAAAC